AUGGAUGCGUCAGCCCCCUUAUUAAGUAAUAGUAACCAUGGUAUUAAUCAAAGACAUACCAUGAGUAAAUUUGAAACCGCCAAAUUGGAUAUGGAGUUUGUUUUCACUUCUUCACCAAUUAACGUUUUAUUGGUUUUUGUUCCCUUGGGUUUGGCAUUUGGGUUUUUUCAAUUAUCACAUACAUGGACUUUCGUCUUCAAUUUUUUAUCGAUCAUCCCAUUAGCUUCCAUCCUAGCUUAUGCUACUGAAGAACUAGCAAAUAAGGCUGGUAGUACAAUCGGUGGUUUGUUGAACGCUACUUUUGGCAAUGCUGUUGAAUUAAUCGUGUCGAUCAUUGCGCUCAGAGAAGGUCAAAUUAGAAUCGUGCAAGCCUCUAUGUUAGGUAGUUUGUUAUCAAAUCUACUGCUGGUGUUGGGUUUUUGUUUUAUACUGGGUGGCUGGAAUAGAAUUCAACAGACUUUCAACCAAACUGCAGCACAAACUAUGUCUUCUCUAUUGGCCAUCUCAUGUGCCUCUUUAUUAUUGCCAGCCGCAUUCAGAGCGACAUUACCUCAUGGAAAAGACGAUGCCUGGAUUGACGAAAAGAUUUUAGCAUACUCAAGAGGUACCUCAAUGGUUUUGUUGAUAGUUUAUGUUUUAUUUUUAGUGUUCCAACUGGGCAGUCACAAAGAUAUGUUUGAAGAGCAGAUUGAAGAAACUGGAGAAAUUUUAAGUCAAAGAUCUAUGAAACCACAUCAUUCCUUAAGCAUAAAAUCUUCCUUGAUAUUUCUGCUUACAACUACAGUUUUUGUCUCCGUGUGCGCUGAUUAUUUGGUCGGCACUAUCGACAACGUCGUUGCUUCCACCGGUUUAUCUAAGACUUUCAUUGGUUUGAUCAUUAUUCCAAUUGUCGGCAAUGCUGCUGAACAUGUCACUUCUGUCUACGUUGCUAUGAAAAACAAGAUGGAUUUAGCAUUGAGCGUAGCAAUUGGUUCUUCGCUACAAAUUUCCUUGUUUGUUACACCUUUCAUGGUGUUGUUUGGAUGGUGGAUCGACGUCCCAAUGACCUUAAAUUUCAACGCUUUUGAGACUACCACAUUAUUUAUUUCUGUGUUGUUAUCGAACUAUUUGAUUCUAGAUGGUGAAUCCAAUUGGCUUGAAGGUUGCAUGUCACUAGCUAUGUACAUUUUAAUUGCCAUGGCAUUUUACUACUACCCAGAUGAAGAAAUUGUUGAAUUCGUCAAGAGCGUAGCUUCGAAUUAG